AUGUUGAAUCUAUCUGCUGCUGAUUUCAAUCUGAUCUUUGCUACCUCGCCAAUUCAGUCCAUGAUGACUAGCCGUGUACCAAGUUCCUCCAUCCUAAUGGCGAGGACUCCCUCCGAGUUGACCUAUGCUGCUGCGGCAGUCAUUGCUCUCCUCUUUUUUGCGUCCCGCGCAUCUGCCUUUUUCUCGGAGCGCAGGUUCCGGAUCGAAAACCACUGCAAAUCCCCUCCUGCGUACCCACAGAAAGACCCUGUAUUGGCUCUGGACCUGGUGUUCUCCGCCCUCAGUUCCUUUCGGGCAAAGAGGUUCCUCGAUAUGGUUACUGAGAGGCACACCAGAGUCGGGACUACGUACUCGGCUCGGUCCAUGGGCCGUCGCUACAUCUUCACUACGGAUCCGGAGAACAUAAAAACGGUCCUUUCUGUGCGCUUCAAGGAUUAUUGUCUAGGCGAGCGGUCUCCGAUCAUGGGACCUCUACUCGGCCGAGGCAUCUUCGUGACCGAUGGUGACGAAUGGUCUCAGUCCCGCGCCGUGCUGCGGCCAAACUUCGUCAAGGACCAGGUCGCCGACCUGUCACUAGUGGACAAGCACAUCGAAGACCUGCUGCGCCUGGUCCGCCCUCAGAAUGGUACGACGGUCGACCUGGCGCCGCUAUUCAUGCGCUUCACCCUCGACUCCGCCACCGAGUUCCUCUUCAACCAGUCUACCAAUACUCUUUGCAAUCCGGGACCGCCCGAGCAGCGCUUCAGCGAGGCUUUCCAGAUCUCACUUAACGAGAUCGCGACUCUCUUCCGCCUCGGCCCAUUCUGGCGCUUCCGCAGGACCGAUCCGGCCGUCUUGGAGGCGCAUAAGGUCUGCCGCGCCUACGUGGACCGUUUCGUGAAUGACGCUGUAAUUUUGGCAGCAGCGAAGAAGCCAUCGCUCGAAUUAGACAACCAUGAAGACAACCAGGAGCAAUCCAAUGGUAGCCGCAACUACUUUCUCAAGGAGCUUGCCCAAACCACCACUGACAAGAAUAAAAUCCGCGACGAGCUACUCAACAUUCUCAUUGCCGGGCGUGACACGGCGGCGAGUUUGCUCUCCAGCCUGUUCCAUGCACUGGCGCGGAACCCCGAGAUGUGGGCCAAGGUUCGAAAUGAAGUGAAGCAAUUCAACGGCGAGCGGCCGCAGUAUGAGCAGCUCCGGGAUCUGAAAUACUCGAAGCAUUGUAUCAAUGAAACCCUCCGAUUGUGGCCCCCGGUGCCGUCGAACAUGCGGGUUGCCGUAACCGACACAGUGCUUCCCCGUGGAGGAGGCGUGAACGGCGAGGAACCAGUCCACGUUCCCAAAGGGUGUGCUAUCACCUACACGGUCUAUGCGAUGCAUCGGCGGCAGGACUUAUUUGGGCCCGACGCUGAUAAGUUCCGGCCUGAGAGAUGGGAGGAGGGUCAGACGUAUGGCUGGCAAUAUUUACCCUUCAACGGCGGUCCGCGUAUCUGUCUCGGACAGCAGUACGCGCUAACAGAGGCUUUGAUGGUUCUGACGCGUUUUGCGCAAGAGUUUGAGUUUAUUGAGGCCAAAGACCCUAAACAGUGGACUGAAUCAUUGCAUUUAACUGUCAGUCCUUUCAAUGGCGUUCAGGUAGCGCUCACACCAGUCCGCCGGUAG